AAGAUCAUGGACAAACGAAAUGAAUCCGUCAUUACCGAAUUCAUUCUUCAGGGAUUCACAGACAAUCCCAAAAUGCAGCUUGUUCUUUUUAUGGUCUUCCUCUCAGUUUAUGCCAUCACUGUGUUCGGGAAUCUCGGGAUGAUUCUGCUGAUUUGUGCUCAACCCCAACUCCACAAACCCAUGUAUUACUUCCUGGGCAACCUCUCCGUUGUGGAUCUCUGCUGUUCCUCAACCAUUGCUCCUAAAAUGCUGUCUGACUUACUAAGUGCAACUAAAAGAAUUUCUUACAGUGCCUGUGCUACACAGCUCUUUCUAUUUGAAAUGCUUGCAGACGCAGAGUGCUUUUUGUUGGCUGUGAUGGCCUAUGAUAGAUAUGUGGCCAUCUGCAAUCCACUUCUCUAUUCAGCCAUGAUGUCUAAAAAGGCCUGCCAGCAACUGCUCACUGCUGUGUACUUUACAGGCCUGCUGGAUUCAAUGAUACACACUUCUUCUACAUUCCAACUGUCUUUCUGCAGCUCUAAUAUUAUCAAUCACUUCUUCUGUGAUGAACCUCCACUUCUCAUACUCUCCUGUUCUGACACAUAUAUUAAUGAGAUUAUGCUAUUUAUCUCUGUUAGUUUCGUUGAAGCAACCAGCGUUAGUAUGAUUCUUGUGUCCUACAUUUAUAUUUUGGUUACAGUCCUAAGAAUGCGCUCUGCUGAGGGCAGGCACAAGGCAUUGUCCACCUGUGCUUCUCACCUGACAGCUGUUGGGAUAUUCCACGGGACAAUACUCUUCAUGUACUUCCGGCCCACCUCCAGCUAUUCCAUGGACCAAGACAAGUGGGCCUCAUUGUUCUACACAGUUGUGAUCCCCAUGCUCAACCCUCUGAUCUACAGCCUGAAGAAUAAGGAGGUGAAAGAUGCUGCAACAAAAUCAGUGGGCAACAUAUGGAUUUUUAAAGGAAAUAAUCCUAGACAAAUUUAA